CUCCCCUUCAUGGAGGAUUCCAGCAGGUCGUAUUACCCUUACUCAGGGGGUACUUCAGCACCCGGACCCACAGUGGCUCCAACUAACCAUUUGGCACUUGAGAGGCGGGCCUUGACCCGAGACUCAUAUUCGUCGAGGGUGAUUGCCAUGAUUCAACAAUCCAGGCGCCCCUCAACGAAUAGGAUCUAUGAUGCCACAUGGACGAACUUCUGUACCUGGUGCUCAGGUCGUAAGGUGGAGCUUUUGGACAUUUCUGUUCCGAUUGUUUUGGAAUUCCUGAUGGAUGGGUUGGACAAGGGAUUAUCCCCAAGCACCAUCCGCAGACAGGUCGCAGCUCUAUCUACAGUACUCAUGUGUGACAAUUCUGCUCCCUUGGUACACCACCUUAUGAUGCGUUCCUUUUUAAAGGGAGCGACUAACGCCAGGCCUCCAGCGGUUCACCGUUAUCCUUCUUGGGACCUACACUGGGUCUUACAGGCCCUCAUUUCACCACCCUUCAAGCCUAUUACCACAUGUUUGCUUAAGCUAUUAUCUAUGAAGGUAGCAUUUCUUGUGGCGGUCACGUCGGCCAGGCAAAUUUCAGAACUGGCCGCUCUCUCCGUCAGAGAGGACCUGUGCAUCUUCCAUGCAGACAGGGUGACCCUCAGACUAGACCCUUCCUUUAUUCCCAAGAUAAAUUUUUUGUACCAUAGGUCCCAGGAGGUGGUUUUACCAAAUUUCUGUGCUAACCCUUCCCAUGAUCUCGAGAAGCGGUGGCACACUCUUGACAUUCGCAGGGCUCUGCGACGUUACAUCAAACGGACUUCGGCCUUCCAUAAAUCUGAAGCAUUGUUUGUGUCUUUUCAACCUUCCUCCAUGGGUUAGAAGGUCUCU